ACUCGCCAUUUAUUUGUCACUAUCACUAUGUCCUGAUUAAUCAGUUUGAGACUGUAGAAGAUCAUUUCUUAAAAUCCAGGGAAUUCAGCUUUUAUAGAAUUUGAAGUCUAUGCUGGUAAAUAAGCAAUUAUACACUGGACCCUACAUGAUGCCUUUGUUUUAACAGUAUCUCUGAAUUAGUUAGAACAGAAUGCUUCUAAACUAUAUAUUGUAACACUCUGUCUUCUGUUUGUUCAUAAGCAUUUAGAUUCACUAUAAAUUAAUUAAGUUGCUGUUGCGGGUGGCAAUUAUAUUGAACUUCAAAUGGCUAAUACUUUAACCACUUCAAUUCUAGUGGUGUUUCUGUUAUGCUUCUCAGGAAUUGCAGCAGCAGCAGCAGCAAGAACAAAACUGCAUUUGGUCACCAGUCAGGAUGGCAUGUCUGUGUUAUUCCCAAAUGAAAGUGGUGGUAUCUGCAAAUCCAUGGUGGAGACACAAGGCUAUGUUUGCCAAGAACAUAAAGUAACAACACAAGACGGUUAUAUUCUUAGCCUGCAGAGAAUGCCUGCUGGGCGGUCAGGCAAGUCUGCAGACAAGCCACCAGUUCUGCUGCAACAUGGGUUAUUGUCGGAUGGUUCAACAUGGCUAUUCAAUUCUCCUGAUGAAUCUCUGGCUUUCAUAUUAGCAGACAAUGGAUACGAUGUGUGGAUUGCGAAUACCCGUGGGACUAGAUUUAGCCGCGGACACACCUCACUUAGUCCCGAUGAAUCGGCUUAUUGGGAUUGGUCAUGGGAUGAAUUAGCUGCUUAUGAUCUUACUGCCACAUUCCAGUAUGUUCAUCAACAGACAGGGCAGAAACUUCACUAUGUUGGGCAUUCAUUGGGAACUUUGACUGCUUUGGCUGCCUUUUCACAAGAAAAGUUAUCGAACAUGCUAAGAUCAGCUGCUUUGCUUAGCCCAAUUGCUUAUCUUAAUCAGAUUCCAUCACUGCUUACCAAAGUUGCCGCUGAUAUGUUCUUAGCUGAGGAAUUGUAUUGGUUGGGCCUGCGUGAAUUUGUUCCAGAUGGGCAGGCUGCUUCCAAGCUUCUGGAAGAUAUCUGCAGCAAGCCUAGGAUGAGCUGCUCAAACUUAAUGGACGCAUUUACUGGCCCAAAUUGCUGUGUAAAUUCUUCAAAGACGAACACUUUUCUAGAUAACUCACCUCAGUCAACAGCUACAAAGAACAUGAUUCACUUAGCUCAAAUGGUUAGAACGGGCACCAUAGCAAUGUAUGAUUAUGUUAAUGAAGACGACAACAUGAAGCACUACAAGCAGAGCACUCCUCCUUUGUACGACAUGACAAGCAUCCCAAAUGACCUUCCUCUCUUCCUUGGCUAUGGAGGGCAGGACUCGCUUUCCGAUCCAAAGGACGUACAAGUUCUACUCCACAAUCUCAAAGAUCAUGAUGGAGACAAGCUGGUUCUACUGUUCAUAGAGGAUUAUGCUCAUAUGGAUUUUGUGUUUGGUGUCAAUGCUAAUAAAGUUGUCUACAAUCCUAUAAUGGCUUUCUUCAAGCUCAACUGAUGAGUCUGAAAACUCUAUCACCUAUAGCAGAUUAUGUAUGGUAUGUCCUUACCGUCAUA